GGGGAGGACGAGAAGAAGGUGGUAGGUAGAAGAAAAGAUCAGCCAUCUUCGUGAGGUCGAAAUCUGCAGUGCAGGGAUGCCAAGACAUUGCUCAGCAGGCGGCUGCAAAUCUCGGGACAACCGUGAGACUCGUAGUGCUGGUAUCACCUUUCACAAAUUACCAAAAGGAGCAACUCGGAGGAACCUUUGGAUCACCAACUGCCACCGUGCAGACUCCUGGGAUCCCCAGACUGACUUUGUGUACUUCUGCUCCAAACACUUCCCCCCAGAGAGCUUUGAACUGACCGGAUGCAGCGGGAUCAGAAGACUAAAGGAAGAGGCAUUUCCUACAGUGUUUGAUUCUUCUUCAACAACCAAAUUAAGAAGACCAGCAACACCACAGAGACCAGGAGGCCUUCCUGUCAGGAAGAAUCCCCGCUCAGACGACCAGGAGAACGCUCAGCAGGGGACAGACAGGGGUCGAACUUCAGAAGAACCCACAGUUCAGAGGUCAGUGGCAGAAGCUAAGGAGACUAACGAAGACAUACCUGCAUCUUCUAAAGAGCCAUCAGAGGUGGAGCAGCUCUCCAAGAAAGAAUGUGGUCCAGCACCAGUGUCUUGUCCGCACUCCCCAUCACGGUACAUGAGGCGUCUGCCCCCUCCUCCAGGCUUCUACCUGCCGAAGGAGCACAGCUAUGCUCAGCUCUGCCCUCUGCUGUGGAGGAGACGUUACGACCAGGCCAUUGACUGCUUGGAGAAGGCCUUACGACAAUUGCAUGCAGCCAGGCGGAGGGAGAACCGCCUGCGUAGCACUGUGCUGAGGCUACGUGAUAAACGGCUGAAGCACACUCUACUUGUGCCACAAGAUGGUUGUAAAAACAGGGGGAGCUGGACACCAGGGGGGGAGAAGAGACAAGGUAAAGGAGGUUCUAACCAGGAGGAGAGUGAGCCUGAUGCUAAAUCUGAAGGUACAGGGUUGUUUGAGGACAGAUGUGGGGAUCAGAUGGAGUUGGGCGAUCAUUCAUUUCCAGACACCAGCAGCUGGUCUGAGGAGGAGAAGGGAUACUGCUUUUACUGUGGAAGAGGGCAGGUGCAUGUUGGUGGUCAGGUAGCACACAGAGUUUCAAAGACUGGGAAAGAUGUACAGCCCACAGUGCAUGAGGUCUCUCUGAAGAUUCAGAGAAGUGUUGAAGCCAGUACUUGUGGUACAGCUGAAAAUGCUAAAGACGUACAAAUAGUCCGGCUGGAAAGACCACCUGGGAAAAGUGUAGAAACCAGUGACUCCUCAAAUGGAACAAAUUCUCAAGUCCAGCUCCAAACUCAAGGUCUUCAACAUGUGCUCCCUGCGGGGCUGUCUCUUUCUGAUAUUCAUGAGCAGAGUUUGCAGUUUUUAGGCUCUCAGCAGAAACUCUCUGACAUGAGUGAAGGGGACACUGAAGCUGUGGGUGAGGAUCAUCAGCAGCAGCAGCAGCUGUUUUGGAUACAGGGCAGUGGUGAGGGACAGCUCAUUCUGGUGCCUGUCCCUGCUGAAGAUGGAUUACAAAGCUUUCUCAAGAUGGAAGGAGAAACUGAUGAAACACAAACCUUGUCAGAAGUGGAUGUUAAACGGGACUUGGGACACAUGACUGAGAAGAGCGGAGGGCUGUCCAGAGUAGAAACAGCCUGUGAGCAGCACUCUGUCAUCAGCACAACCCCGGGGGAAAUGGGAGAAGAUGUGAGGGAGAAACUUAAAGAACAUCUGGAGGGAUUUCACCUUCAGCUGAGCACCGAGUUUAUAAACUGACAAGGUGUUCUGAAUACCCAGAGCCAUUGUGUUACCUGAAUGAUUUAGUAUUUAGUUCAUCUUAGUGGAAUAUGCUGAGUGUUGAGGGAUCUAAAUGUGUAUUUCAGAGGGUGCUUGUUCUCUGGAAUAUAUGAUACCGGAGCAGCGGUCGUGGUGUUGUUGCAAAAUAAAAAUCCUUUAAAGAAGCAAAAGUGCAAAUCAACGGAUAAAUGUUUUUAUGUGCAGAGCCACAGUGAAUGUAUCUGCUACCUACUGUGUGCAUCACCUGAUGCAUCUUCUUCCUGUGACAUAGAGAUCCAUUGUUGUCCCGAAACUAUUGAGAACACAUCAAUGAGCCACACUGUUGCACUGGGUGACAACAUGAAACUAUAUAUUUGUAAAGAUGUACAUGUUUAGUAGGGGCCAAUGGAGUUGGAGCUGAGACAGUAGACACACACACACACACACACACACACACACACACACACACACACACACACUCUUCUUGGGAUUUGUUGACAAUUAGAAACAUAAUCUUUUAAGUUGUAAAUAAAAAAACAAACAAAGAUACAACUGGUAAAAUAAUAACACAUUAAUAAUUCAUAUCUGAGAUGACAAACAUGAAGGUAAAUCUCUGAUGCUGAAAUACAAGGAGAGUUCCAUUUUUCAUAUUUUAUGUGUUAGGACGUGCAGCCCUGUGUUCUCAGAUAUGUGCACGAGCAACGUAUUGUGUGGUUCAUGUUGAGCAGAGGAUGUUUGUUGCAGGACGUUUCUAACCUGUGAAGAAAUAGAAAGUGUUAGAUCGUACAAAUAUUAACAUCCACCUGACAAAAACGAAGUGAAGCGGACGUCCUCUCAGUGUUAUAGAUCCACAGUUAACAUUCAUUUUGAAGCACUGAAGGGAAACAUUAGCUCAUGAUGACCAGCUGCUGAGUGACAGCUGUCACUGAAAUGUAAUUGACCUUGAGUUAAGAUUUAUUUUUGAAAUAAGGCUACAAUAUGAGGAGAGAACAUAAAUAAAUGCAUCAUAAAAGUAUUGUUGGAAGGAUCUUACCUGAAAUGUUGACAUGAAAGGAAAGAUUGAGGCGUACACCCGCCUCCAACAAAUGUGUGUUUUAGAAUAAAGAUACAAUCAUUUACUACACAUACCUCCCUUUACAUGCAAACAAAAGGUUCAAAUGGCUGGAGGGAAACAUGUAUAGUGUCAUGAUAGAAAAAUACAUUUAUAUUUGUAUAAUGGGAUUAACUUGAAAUACCUUCUAAAUGUCACUCCUGCUGGGAGAAAUGUUUUCUAUAGUGUGAAAUGAUAUAUGAUACAGUGAGCAGAAUGUCCAUCCUAUGGAAGCACACACACACACACACGAUGUACACACACUCUUAUGUCCUUUAGCGAAGUAUAAAUAAAUAUGCUUCACGUUGUUUCAAAAACAUCCCUAUAAUGUCCUCUCUGAUGUGAUUUACUGUAUCAAAGCAUACAACAUGUGUUCUCUGCUCAUAGUCAGACGUAGCGCUCUAAAGAUGUGGGUGUUUACCAGGCAGGGAGGGUCAAACAAAGUGAUGCAUUAUGGGAAAUCUAAGAUCCAGGGUUUUUGUACUUUGACUCAGAAAAAAUAGUGAAAUCCUAAAUUACUGGAGGACUCCUUUUGUUGUGAAUGUUUUGUAUUUCAGACAUAAACAGCAAGUGUAUUCGCAAAAUGUUCUUUUGGAAACUAAUGUUUUAGCACUAUUUAAUAUCAUGAGAACUGUGUGUGUGUGUGUGUGUGUGUGUGUGUGUGACAGUGGUAAAAUGAGAGGUUGAUAGUCUCAUACUGAAACAAUUCACUGUGGUGUCUUUGACUGGGUGUGGCAUCAACCAUUUAGAUACACAAGGACCUGGAGGGGGGGUGGGGUGGGUCUGCCCAUGUAAACAAUGUAAAUCCUAUCUUGAGACACACCUUUCACCUUGAGGACACGAGCGGCUCUCUACACUAUCGAAGCUCUCCUUUUUGUUCAGACUGAAGAUCUGCUGUCUGCUGGAAAUCUGUUAAUUCUUUUGCCGUUUUUUUCUUCAGCUAAAUUCUUGUGGUUAAUUUGAACCAAACUUCAGUUUCCCCCUCACGUCACGUGUACACCCAUCCC